GUUUUGUUUUAACAAAAGCAUUUCAAUAAUUCGUUGUUAGAUAGCAGCAGGUACCGUAAAAUACCAAACAAAAAAUGGUAAAUAAUAAGUGAAGGAUUAGUUUGUGUAUGUUGUUUGUGUACGUUGUUCGUUUUGCGAAAUUAUGUUAAUUUGAAGAUUGAAAUGUUGAUAGUAGUGUAUGCGUAGUUAUGAGCUAUUUUGUUUAAUAAAGAUGAUAUGAACCGUACAUUUGAAAUAUAAGUUAUGUUUCUAGCGCAAGCGUGUGGUUAGAAUGUUAGUAGCGUUUUGGAUCCCCUUGAUUCUUACUUGCUCUGCGUACGUGACAGGUUCUCCAAAUCUUCUGAUUGCAAGCGUGAAAGAUGUUCGCAUUGCGAACAUCUCUAGGUCUCCAAAAUCUGCUUUACUCGUGAAGAACCUGGAGGAAGGCGCGGCGCUGGACUUCUACUACGAGGGCAGCUUGGUGUGCUGGACGGAGCAUGCCUCGGAGAUGAUACAGUGCGUGUCCUACAACGGGACCACUGCUGGCCCAAAGGUGGGGGUGGUGACGACGGGACUGGCCACGCCGGACGGCCUGGCGGUCGACUGGCUCACCCAGAAGCUGUACUGGACGGACGGGGAAGCCAACCGCAUCGAGGUGGCCACCCUGACGGGGCAGCACCGCAAGGUGCUCAUCUGGGACGACAUAGACCAGCCGCGGGCCAUCGCCCUGGUGCCCAUGAAGGGGUACAUGUUUUGGACAGAUUGGGGUGAAGUGCCUAAAAUAGAGAGGGUGGCCAUGAACGGGGACCCCAAGACGCGGAAAGUGAUCGUCAGCAAGGACAUCUUCUGGCCCAACGGACUGACGAUCGACUACGUGUCGGAGAAGGUGUACUGGCUCGACGGUCACCUCAAGUUCAUCUCGUCGAUGGACUACGACGGGCGCAACCGCUGUGUGGUGGCGCGCAACGGCGUGGACUACCCGUACGCCCUGACCAUGGUGGACCACCGCCUGUACUGGACCGACUGGCAGCAGUGGGCGGUGUACGUGCUGGAGCGCACGGACUGCGACGCGGGCGGCCAGGCACGGCCCAGGCAGCUGCUGAAGAGCGAGAACGUGCCCAUGGGCAUCGUGGCGUGGGCGGAGGAGCGCCAGCCGCGCAGCGACACGCCGUGUGGGCACGGGAACGGAGGCUGCUCGCACCUGUGCCUGCUGGCGCCCUACCCCCCGUGGUACUCCUGUGCCUGCCCCACGGGCGUCAAGCUGCUGGACAACCGCACCUGCGCCGACGGGCCCCGGCAGCUGCUGCUGCUGGCCCAGAGGACGGACAUCUGCAGGAUCUCGCUGGACACGCCCGACCACACCAGCUUCGUGAUGCCCCUGCAGGGGGUGCGGCACGCCAUAGCCGUGGACUUCGACCCCGUGGACGAGUUCCUGUACUGGACGGACGACGAGGCGCGGGCGCUGCGACGGGCGCGCCUGGACGGGACCGGCCAGGAGGACCUGGUGACCAGCGAGGUGGAGCACCCCGACGGCAUCGCGGUCGACUGGAUCGCUCGCAACCUGUACUGGACCGACACCGGCACAGACCGCAUCGAGGUGGCCCGCCUCUCUGGGGCCUCCCGCAAGGUGCUGGUAAACGAGGACCUGGUGGAGCCGCGCGGCAUCGCGCUGGCGCCCGAGCACGGCUGGAUGUUCUGGUCCGACUGGUACGAGAAGCGCCCCAAGAUCGAGCGAGCGGCCAUGGACGGCUCGGAGCGGCGGCUGCUGGUCUCCACGGGUCUGGGCUGGCCCAAUGGCAUCACGCUGGACCUGCAGCGCAACAAGAUCUACUGGUGCGACGCCAAGACCGACAAGAUCGAGGUGGCCGGCAUGGACGGCAGCGACCGGCGGGAGGUGAUCGGCGACAACGUGCCGCACAUCUUCGGCAUCAGCCUGAUGGGCGAGCACCUGUACUGGACGGACUGGCAGCGACGCACCAUCGAGCGAGUGAAGCUGACGGGCGAGGACCGAGAGGAGAUCGUGGACCAGCUGCCCAACGUGAUGGGCCUGAAGGCGGUGCGGCUGGGCGCGGCGCGCGGCUGGAACCCCUGCGCGGACAGCAACGGGGGCUGCAGCCACUUGUGUCUCAACCGGCCGGGCAACCGCUCCGUCUGUGCCUGCCAGAUAGGGUACGAGCUCACCUCCGACUCGAGGACGUGCGUCGUGCCCGAAGCCUUCCUGCUGUUCGCCCGCAGGGAGAACAUCGGUCGCAUCAGCAUCGAGAACGGGAACAACGAUGUCAUGAUUCCCGUCACGGGAGUCAGAGAUGCCAGCGCCCUGGAUUUCGACAUAACGGACAACCGUAUCUACUGGACGGAUGUGAAAGUGAAGGCGAUCACUCGAGCCUUCAUGAAUGGCUCGCACUUGGAGCGGAUCGUGGAGUUUGGCCUGGAAACACCUGAAGGGCUGGCGGUGGACUGGGUGGCCCACAACGUCUACUGGACGGACAUGGGCAGCAAGCGGAUCGAGGUGGCGCGCGUGAACGGCCGCUCGCGCCGCGUGCUGCUGUGGAGCGGCCUCGACGACCCGCGCAGCCUGGCUCUGGACCCCCGCGAAGGGUUCCUGUACUGGAGCGACUGGGGCGACGCGGGUCGCCUGGAGAGGGCCGCGAUGGACGGCUCGCGCCGGACCGUGCUCAUCACCAAGCUGGGCCAGGCCAACGGCCUCACCAUCGACUACGCCCAGCGACGCAUCUACUGGACGGAGACCAGCGCGCCGGCCAUAGAGAGCGCCGACCUGGACGGCAACGACCGGGUGCAGGUGGUGCGGGACGGCAUCGAGAAGCCGUACGGACUGACGCAGUACCAGGACUUCAUCUACUGGACGGACUGGAAGACGGGCUACAUCGAGUGUGCCAACAAGACGAAUGGAUGCAACCGCACGCGCAUCCAUGACAAGCUGGAGUUCAUCACGGACAUCCUGGUGUUCCACAACUCGCGGCAGUCGGGCUGGAACCAGUGCGCGGUGGGCAACGGUGGCUGCCAGCACCUAUGCCUGGCUCUGCCAGCGAGCACGGGGCCCGGCCGGCAGUCCUACACGCACCGCUGUGGCUGCCCCACGCACUACACCCUGGCUCCAGACAACACCACCUGCUCCGGUAGGUUCAGACCACCAUCACCCCACACUCGCGAUCAGCUCCUGUGCCUGGCUCUGCCAGCGAGCACGGGGCCCGGCCGGCAGUCCUACACGCACCGCUGUGGCUGCCCCACGCACUACACCCUGGCUCCAGACAACACCACCUGCUCCGCUCCCCAGUCGUUCCUGCUGUGUGCGCUGAAGGGCCACAUCAGCCGCCUGGUGCCCGACUCUGCCGACUGCCUGGACGUCAUCCUGCCCAUCCCGGGCCUCAAGAACGUCCGCGCCGUGGAGUUCGACCCCGUCUCCCAGUUCCUCUACUGGAUCGACAGGCGCACGCAGGCGGUGCGGAGGGCGCUGGACGACGGCACGCGCGCGGGGGUGUUCAUCCCGGGCGGCAGCCACCACCCGUACGACCUGGCCAUCGACCCGUACGCCCAGCUGCUGUACUGGACCUGCGCACUCGCCGACACCAUCAACGUGACGCGGCUGGCCAACGGCUCGGCCGUGGGCGUGGUGGCGCGGGCCGGCGCGGGCAAGCCGCGCAGCAUCGCGCUGCACCCCGAGAGAGGCCUGAUGUUCUGGACGGACGUGAGCGCGAAGCCGCGCAUCCUGCGCGCGCUGAUGGACGGCCAGAAGAGGAGCGUGAUCGUGCAGGACCUCGACAGCUUCGCAGCGCUCGCGGUCGACCGCAACGACGACCUCUUGUUCUGGGCGCACCUCAACAAGAUUGAGACGUCCGACUUGAGCGGCAAACACAGGCGCGUGCUGGUGGUGUACGAGCGGAUGGAGGAGUCGAGCCUGGCCGUGCUGGGGGACCACGUGUACUGGCUGGACCGCGACCUGCAGCGGAUAGAGCGCGCCGACAAGCGCACGGGGGGAGCUCGCCAGGCGCUGCCCGCGCGCGUCAGCCAGCUCACGGCCCUCGUCGCCGUGCAGCUGCCCAGCGCCAAGACGAGGAGCGAGCACGGCUGCAGCGCGGAGCGGCGGCACGGCGGCUGCUCGCACCUGUGCCUCGCCGCGCCGGGGGCCAACGGCACGGUGUGCUCCUGCCCCGCGGGCCUGCUGCUGCACGAGGACCGCCGCUCCUGCUCCGCCCUGCCGGCCUGCGGCAGCGACCACUUCGCCUGCGCGUCGGCGCCGUCCGCGCUGGAGUGCGUGCCGCUGGCCUGGCGCUGCGACGGCCACGCCGACUGCCCGGGAGGCAGCGACGAGGCGGACUGCCCCGCCUGCCGGCCCGACCAGCUGCGCUGCCCCGGCGGGCCCUGCAUCGACAAGGCGUGGCGCUGCGACGGGACCCCGCAGUGCUCGGACAACUACGACGAGACCAACUGCUGCCAACCUGGCGAGUACAUGUGUCCCGGCACGGAGCUCUGCAUCCCGCAGGCGGAGCUGUGCGACGGGUGGCCGCACUGCAGCGACGGCAGCGAUGAGACCCAUCCCGACUGCGCCAUCGGAGUUGCAGGCGAGAACCACCGCCGCGCGGAGACGCACGCCGACGCCCUGCGGCCGGUGUACCUGGCGUGCGUGCUGCUGGGACUGGUGGCGGCCCUGGGGCUGGGCGCGGCGGCCUGCUACUGCCACCGGCAGGGGGGCGAGGCCCCGGGGGACCGCGAGGACUCGGCGGGGGACCCCCUGGCGCCCAAGCCGUGCCCCGUGCUGCCCGUGGCGCGCGGCAAGCCACGGCCCGGCCCGGGCGCGGUCAGGAUGUCCGCCCUGCACGGCAGCUCCACCUCCGGCAGCUACGACCGCAGCCACGUCACGGGGGCCUCCAGCUCCACGGCCGGCUACCCCCGCGAGACACUCAACCCCCCGCCCAGUCCCGCCACCACCACGGACCACGACGAGUACUGCUGCCCGUCCUCGGGCGCCUCGCGCCACCGCCCGUACCGCCGCUACCGCGCCAUCAACCAGCCCCCCCCGCCCACCCCCUGCAGCACGGACGUGUGCGACGAGUCGGACUCCUGCUCCUACCCCCGCUGCAGGUACUACCCCCCGCCCGGCUCGGAGGAGUCUGACGCCUUCGCGCCGCCGCCCUCGCCGCGCUCGCUGUCCUGCCCCCCCUCGCCCUCGUCCGGGGGGCGCUCGUCAGCGUGCCUGGGCCCCCUGCCGCCCCCGCCCUCGCCGUGCUGAGCAGGGACCCGCCUCUUGGCUUGCUGCUAGAUGUGCCUUCGUCAGCCGCCGUGGCUUCCGUAGCGCCGAUCUACCGAGUUCAGCUUCUGAACAUUCAAGAUGUGUCAUUUACAAAAUGGCUUGUACUAAUGUACGUUUCGAGUGGAAACAGCGACCUAGCAGUGGCGGGAUUGCCUUGUCGCUGCAGUGACUCACUUGUGAAUAUGUACGACUAUUUAUAGAAAUGAUAGCUUCCUGUAUGCUUGUGAUAUUUGACAAAUGUUUUAUAUUGUUGUGGAAGACCUUGUUUUUAGCCUAAUGUUACUGCUGCUGGGCCUGUGUGAAUAUUCUCAUUUUCAAAUACAAGUAGCUUAUUAUUAUUCAAAUGUUUGCAAAUAUAUUACAUAGUUUAGCUCUUGUGUUUGUCGUGUAUGAAAGUUUGUCGGUUUAAGACGAGUCAUUGUGCGAUGCAAACACCCGUUCAACAGGACCACACCGUCAAAACCUUGAUCUAGCCUUCAUUUUUUACAAACUAUUAUUUUAAAACAAUAUAAAAAUAGCAUGAACGAUUGAAACAGAGGAUUAAUCAUGAUAUUUUAUUUUUGAAGGUAAUUAUUAUUUGUAUUUGUUUCAUCAUGCGUACCAGCAGUGAUGGUUGUUACAAGUGGAUGUGAGAGGCGCAGUUUCGUGUGGUGUGUGUCCGUGAUGAGACAGUCCUUGCGACUAAAUAAACAACGUAGUUAAUGAUAAUUAAUGGUUCUGGAUUCCACAGGAAAUUGGAAAAAAAUGUGUUCAUAAUGUUGUCAUAAUUAUAUAUGGUUUAUGAUCUCAUUUUGAUACUAUUUGGAAAAUUAUGCUGUUUUUGAAAACAAUUUCAUGCAUUUUUUGAAAUUGAUAGGAAUUUGCAGUGUUUUGUGGUUCUGAAAAUUUACUCAAUUACUGCGAGUUGUAGUUUCUGGAAAAUAAAGUGAAUAAUAACUGUAGUGAAAAAUUGCUAGGUUAAGUUUCCAACAGUUCUCUUUGUUAAUAUUGUAGCUAACUUAACCUAACCAACAUUUCACUUCAGUUAUCAUUUGUCUAAUUUCUGGUCGUAUUUGUUACGUGAUUUGUAGGGAUGUGCGGGUACCAGAUAUUUUCGGGUACGGUUCAAAUCCACAAUUAACCGAACCAAAAAUCAUUGUACUUACAUGGAUUCAAACAGUAUUACAGAUAUUCACAAAUGUUAUAAAUUUAUUUAAUACAGCUCAAAAAUACUAGCAGUGAAAAAUCAAAUUAGGCUACUUUUAUGUAAGUAUUUAUAAUAUGAUGUAUCAAAGAAAAUUAAUUUCCCUGUAAUUAUUUAUGCAAUGAAUAAUUUCCUUAUUCAACAAGCGUCACUGUUGAGCAGGUAGGUAUGUUUCAGUUUGUUUCACAUGGCAGAUUUUGUCAUAUAACCAUUUAUUUUAAUAUAAAACUUGCAGUACCGUUUUGAAAAUGAUUUUUUUUUUGCCGAAACUCGAAAUAUUUCCUGCAACUGCGAUUGAUAUGCUCGUCGAUGAGAUUUCCUUCCGGCGCCGACUUAACCUCCUACUGGUCUUUGUAUUGGAGUCUUGAAUUGUAAUUUACAAUAUUUCAUGGUUAAACAGUUUUCAGACAUCGGUUUAGAAAAAAAAAUGAGUUCCGACAGUCAUGAUGGUGCAUGUGCGGCGUCAAAAUGAAAACAUCGUAGUUGGCGUAGCUUUGUUUGGAAUUCUUUCGCUAAAACUUCAGAUUUUAAGUCAAAGUGUAAAACGUGUGCACGUGAGCUUAAACGCACCUCUGGUAGUACUUCAUGCAUGAGGAAACAUUUAAUGCUGCACAAGAAAGAGUAUUCUGAAACUUCUGAAAACCAAUUGAAUUAGGUAGGCCAAGUAGGGAAUAUUUGAAACGUGCUUCAUGUUUUGAAUUUCAUCGUUUAGAGGAUUUGUUAUUAAUUAAGUUAGUAUAAUUAUAAACAUUUCAAUUUCAGUGUAAGAAAUAAUUGCCAGUAGUUACAGUUAGAAAAAAAGAGAACACACAUUAUUUUUAAUUAUUCUGUGCUUAAUAUUUGGAAUCGGAUUCAUAUCUCAAAUAUUGCCAGGGAUUCGAAUAUGAUUCGAACCGAACUGAAAAUCAAGGAUUCGCACAUCCCUAGUGAUGUGAUAAAAAAAAUUUAAUGGUAUUCCUAAUAUACAUAUUAUUAUUAUUAUUCUCAUUAUUAAAAUUUUAUAUUCAUGUUUGAGAAUAAUUUGUAUGUGUAUUUGAUUCAAACUAAAAAAAAAUAUUCACACUGACCUAAUUGCUGUUGUUUAGAAAAAAAAAUAUUUUACUCUUGCCAUGUUUGUUUGCAACGAUGCUUGCACACGGGUGGGUGGCAUUUCUUAACAGGAGAAAUAAUUUUUUGUAUAUGUUUUCUUUGUUUUGUGUAUACAUGUGUGUUUGUAAGCUCAAGAUAUGCUCUGUCCUAAUGGAAAGAUGGCUGCAUAUUGAGUAAAACAGAGAAAAAACUAUUAAGGCAUUUUGAUAAAUAACUAGUACUUCACUAUACCAAGAGAUUGCAUGUUAAGCCAUAUUUAUAACUGAUUUUGCACAUAGCUUUUUUAAGUUUUAGUAAUGUUUUCUGUGUUAUAUUUAAUAUGUAUGAUUUUUUAUUUUAUGUAUUCAGAAGUGCUGCAAGCAUUCAACUGGACAUAAUUGUUCCAUAGUUUGAAGCUCCUCGGUGAACGACACGUAUUGUAUCAUUACUGUUCAUCUGUGGUGAAGCAUGAUGCUCAGUCUCUCUUGUAUUACGUAAUCUUUAAAAAGAAUCUCACGAUUAGUAAUCCGAGUGAUGAUAAACAUCAUGGCAACACGCAGGUUGUAAUGUUGCCAGCCAUUUUCAGAACCAAAUGCGUUUUUUAUUCCCAGCUAAAUAUGUAUUGUCCUAAAUAUUACUAACAAGGUAUUCUGAAUUCAAAAUAAAAGUAGCCCUCAUCAUGAAGUUAUACCUGUCUAGUUGGCACAUUACACGGGUACCUGGUUUUAGAAGAUAUUCCUGAAUACAGCCCAAAAUGCUAAGCAUCUUUUCUUUAUUGAAAAUUAUUGGUCACUUAGUUUCAUGUAUUUACACUUGUAGCCGGACACAAGUGCAAGUGUUGAAAACCUGAGCUAGGAGUCUUGCAACUGGUAGCAGUCUGAUCACUUUUGCAAAGUUUUGGGGGUUCCCGGAGGUAGAAACAUCCUGAAUUCUCGAUGAAUAUGUCAAACUGCAAUUAAAAAUUUCUGAGCAGUUAACAUCAUCUUACUGGCAUCUCUUUUUCAAUUUGUGAUGUAAAUUUACUUGUGCAUCAUCCCUUUAAAAUGAUAAACUAGGCAAGGCAAUAAUUUUCAUUAAAUUGUAUUUUAAAACAAAAGAAAGGUUAUUUUUACAUAAAACAAACUGGAUUGGUACAAGGUAAUCUCGGAUUAUGUCAGAGAUAACCGACGUUGGCUCGGGAUCUGCUGGGAGGUCCGGGGUUGUUUCCGUGCUGCUUCCGCGUCAUUCCUCCAUUGUGCCGCGCCAUGUACUUAAUUACUUCCUUCAAGUCCCUGCUCCGAGGUGCGGUCUGUAACAUUACUAUAGGUGCCUACUUUUAUUCUCAAGAAAUGUCACCGCUUGUAAUUUUGUCAAUUUACACAUUGUCAUCAGCGUGUUGCUAAGUGUAAAUGUUAUUAGGAUAUAUGUAUGUAUGUUUUUAUGUAAUAUUGUACUGUUGAAUUUUUCAUCACUGUGCUAGAAUGUGAAGAAUGAAUAAUAAUCAGGGUUUAAGCUGUGCCUUAUGAGAACUUUACCAGGGCACAAUCUCUCUUGUACAAGCAAAGAAUACACUUGGCAAGGAUACUGAUAAGUAGUGCAUUAAAUGCCUAAAGAAUGUGUUGUAUAUAACUAUUGUACUAUAUUAUUAUUUGUGCUGAAAAUGCUAGAGACUGAAGUGCCUUUGUGCGUGUUAAAACUUAGUGUUAACACAUUUCACUGCUCACCUGACUGAAUCAUUUCCCCUCACAAAUGUUCCUGAUUCAUAACAGAAUACUUUGUCAGUGCCAUAAUAAAGAACAGUUUACAGGA